UCUGCUGCGCUGCGCUCCUGAACUUUUCCUCAAGCUCUCCCGGCAGCGGAUGGAUGUUCUCUGGGAGGAGGUCACGGCCCGACGGAACAUUUCCCCCCGGCCAAGUCCAAAAGGGAUUCUGAUACCUUAGCGGAGACUUUUUGCAGUUUGGGAGCCUUUGGAGAGACUUUACGCGCAGAAGACGGAGACGCGCAGUUUCAUGUUUUAAAACGGGCCGGAGAAGGAGCUUUUGAAGAGAGAACCGUCCGAAGCCAGAGCCACGGGAGAAAGUUUGUUUAACUUGGACAGAACCGAGCCAGCGACGCCCCUUUGACCGCCGCCAGGACCCGACCUCCUCCCGCUGGGUCUUUAAGCCGCUUCGGUCGGAGGUAGCAGUCUGCCGGACAUGUCUGGAGCCGGGUCGGAGAAGCGCGCCGGGCUCAGCCGCUUCUGGCUUCUGCUUUUCGCCGCGUUGGUGGGGGCAGCUGCGGUGGAUGGAUGCCCACACAAGUGCAGCUGCUCCGGGUCACAUGUGGACUGCCAGGGUCUGGGUCUGAAGACUGUGCCCAAAGGCAUCCCGCGGAGUGCAGAGCGCCUGGAUUUAAACAGAAACAACAUCACCAGAAUCACUAAAGUGGACUUCUCUGGGCUGAAGAACCUCAGGAUUCUUCAUCUGGAGGACAACCAGAUCAGUGUCAUCGAGAGAGGAGCCUUCCAGGACCUGAGGCUGCUGGAGAGACUACGCCUGAACAGGAACAAGCUCCAGGUUCUCCCAGAACUCCUCUUCCAGUCCAAUCCCAAACUGGGACGAGUGGACCUGAGUGAGAACCAGAUUCAGGCGGUUCCCAGAAAAGCUUUCAGAGGAAUCACCAACGUUAAGAACCUGCAGCUGGACAGCAACCACAUCAGCUGCAUCGAAGAUGGAGCUUUCCGGGCGCUGCGCGAUCUGGAGAUCCUCACCCUCAACAACAACAACAUCACGCUCAUCCCGCUGUCUAGCUUCAACCACAUGCCCAAGCUGCGGACGCUGCGUCUGCACUCCAACGGCCUCCACUGCGACUGUCACCUGGCCUGGCUCUCUGAUUGGCUCAGAGCCCGGCGGGGCCUGGCGCCCUUCACCCAGUGCAUGUCCCCGGCCCAGAUGCGGGGCCUCAACGUCCCAGAUGUGCAGAAGAAGGAUUUUCUCUGUAACGGUCCGGCCCAGACCGAGGCGAGGGCUUGCACCCCUCAGGUAGCCGUGUGUCCUCCCAGCUGCUCCUGCAACAACAACAUUGUGGACUGCCGUCGUAAAGGCCUGACGGAGAUCCCCGCCAACCUCCCUGAGGGCAUCGUGGAGAUUCGUUUGGAGCAGAACCUGAUCAAGAGCGUCCCGCCAGGAGCCUUUUCAGCCUAUAAGAAGCUGAAGAGAAUUGACUUGAGUAAGAACCAGAUUUCCGACAUUGCUGCGGAUGCUUUCAGCGGACUGCGCUCGCUCACCUCGCUGGUGCUGUAUGGCAAUAAGAUCGCUGAGCUGCCUAAAGGAAUAUUUGAUGGACUGGCCUCCCUGCAGCUGCUAUUGCUGAACGCCAACAAGAUCAACUGUCUGAGAGUGAACACCUUCCAGGACCUGCACAACCUGAACCUGCUGUCGCUGUACGACAACAAGCUGCAGACCAUCAGCAAAGGCCUCUUCGCCCCCCUGCGCUCCAUAAAGACCCUCCACCUGGCCCAGAACCCCUUUAUGUGCGACUGCCACCUGAAGUGGCUGGCUGACUACCUGUUCGACAACCCCAUCGAGACGAGCGGCGCCCGCUGCAGCCACCCCAGGAGGCUGGCUAACAAGCGCAUCAGCCAGGUGAAAGGCAAGAAGUUCAGGUGCACAGGUCAGGAGGACUAUCGCAGCCGCCUGAGUGGAGACUGUUUCCAGGACCUGGUGUGCCCAGAGAAAUGUCGCUGUGAAGGCACGGUGGUUGACUGCUCCAACCUCAAACUGACCCGCAUACCUGCACACAUCCCCGAACACACCACCGACCUGCGGUUAAACGACAACGAAAUUACCAUCCUGGAAGCUGCUGGGACUUUUAAGAAGCUGCCCAACUUGAAAAAAAUCAACCUGAGCAACAACAAGCUGAGAGACAUCCGUGAAGGCGCGUUUGACGGCGCGGCCGGCGUGUUGGAGCUGCUGCUGACCGGGAACAAGCUGACGGGGCUGCAGGGACGCAUGUUCAGAGGCCUGAGCGGCCUGAAGACCCUCAUGCUGCGCAGCAACCAGAUCAGCUGCAUCGACAACGCUACCUUCACAGGUCUGAGCUCGGUGCGGCUGCUCUCCCUCUACGACAACCGGAUCGGCAGCAUCGCCCCCGGAGCCUUCUCCACCCUCCACUCCCUGUCCACCAUAAACCUCCUCUCCAACCCGUACCUGUGCGACUGCCACCUGGCCUGGCUCGGCCAAUGGCUGAAGAGGACCAGGGUGGUGAGCGGCAACCCCCGCUGCCAGAGGCCCGGCUUCCUCAAGGAGAUCCCCAUCCAGGAUGUAGCCGCCCCCGACUUCACCUGUGACGGUGCUGAGGAUAACGGCUGCCUUCCUGCAUCUGGUUGUCCCGACGCCUGCACGUGCUCAGACGGCGUGGUGCGAUGCAGCAACAGAGGGCUGCACGCUCUCCCCAAAGGCAUUCCCAAGGACACCACCGAGCUGUACCUGGAGGGGAACCUGCUGUCAUCGGUUCCCAGGGAGCUGGCCGGCCUGAAGCAGCUGUCUCUGGUGGACCUGAGCAACAACAGCAUCAGCACGGUGGCGCCGCACACCUUCAGCAACAUGACCCAGCUGGCCACUCUCAUCCUGAGCUACAACCAGAUCCGCUGCAUCCCGCUCCACGCCUUCGAUGGGCUCAGAUCUCUCCGCCUGCUGACUCUCCACGGUAACGAGCUUUCCUCCAUCCCUGACGGAGCCUUCAGCCACCUCACCUCCCUGUCCCACCUGGCCCUCGGCGCCAACCCGCUGUACUGUAACUGUGACCUGCGCUGGCUCUCUCAGUGGGUCAAGGCCGGCUUCAAAGAACCCGGCAUCGCCCGCUGCGCUGGACCUCCAGACAUGGCCGACCGACUGCUGCUCACCACGCCACUCAACAGGUUUCAGUGCAAAGGUCCUGUGGACAUCAGCCUGAUGUCAAAGUGCGCCCCCUGCUUGGCAGCACCAUGCAGGAACAACGGCACCUGCGUCUCCAAUGCUGCAGGAUCCUACCACUGCACCUGUCCGUAUGGAUUCAAGGGUCAAGACUGUGAGAUAGCGAUGAACGCCUGCAUCAGCUUCCCCUGCCAUAACGGAGGAACCUGCCACAUUCAGCCCGGACACGAGGACCACUUCAGCUGUGUGUGUCCAACAGGCUUUGAGGGCCAGCGCUGUGAGAUAAACCCCGACGACUGUGAAGACAACGAUUGUGAGAACAACUCCACCUGCAUCGAUGGGGUCAACAACUACACCUGCGUCUGUCCUCCCAACUACACAGGCGACCUGUGUGACGAGGUGGUCGACCCGUGUCUCGCUGGUGUCGACCCGUGUCAGCACGACUCCAAGUGCGUGCGAGUUGGCCGCGGUUACAGGUGCGACUGCCUGCCCGGCUACGUGGGCCGACACUGUGAGCAGGACUACAACGACUGCCUGGAGAACAAGUGCCAGCACGGCGCCGAGUGCGUGGACGCCGUCAACGGCUACACCUGCGUCUGCAAAGAGGGCUUCAGUGGGCUCUUCUGUGAGAACCCUCCACCAAUGAUCUUGCUGCAGACCAGCCCCUGCGACCAAUCAGACUGCCAGAACGGCGCCCAGUGCCUGGUGGUUGCUGGGGAGCCCGUCUGCCGCUGCACACCUGGUUACUACGGCAACAAAUGCCACAGGAUUUCCACGGUUCACUUCCUGGGUCGGGAUGGGUACGUGGAGCUGCACGGCACCGAGCUGCGACCGACGGCUCACAUUUCACUGCAGGUGGCCACGGAUAAAGACAACGGCAUCCUGUUGUACAAGGAGGACCACGACCCUCUGGCCCUGGAGCUGUACCAGGGCCACAUACGGCUCCUUUAUGACAUCACCAGCUACCCCCCCACCACCGUGUACAGCGUGGAGGCGGUCAGCGACGGACUCUUCCACACGGUGGAGCUGCUGAUCCAGAACCACUCGCUGAGCCUGGUGGUCGAUAACGGAGCGCCCAAGAGUCUGGGCAAGCUGGCCAGGCAGCCGUCCCUGGACCGGGACACGCAGCUCUACGUGGGAGGUGUUCCCUCCCAGGUGGUGGCCUCAGGCCUGCGUCCGGUUCCUGAGCGUUCUCCUCAGGCCUUUGAUGGCUGCAUCCACAACGUGCGCAUCAACGGGGAGAGUCAGGAUCUCAGGUUCAGAUCCACAGGAGAACCUCCUCACGGAACGGAGGGCAAGGGUGAAGCGGUUCUGGUGGGAUGUCACUCCUGCAGCGUCUGCGCACAAGGCGCCUGCAGGGAGGGGGGGGAGACGGGGGUCACCUGUAGCUGCCCGCCGGGACGGAUGGGGCCGCUGUGUGACGAGACGGCGUCCAGCAACCCCUGCCAGAGCAACAGGUGUGUCCACGGGGUCUGUGUGGUGAAGGGCUCCUCCUACCGCUGUCAGUGCAACGAAGGCUUCCAGGGUCAGAACUGCGAGCGGCCGACCUGCAGCUGGUGCGUUCGUGGUGAAUGUCGGCUGUCGGAAUCGGGAGUGUCCGUCUGCCACUGCCAGCCGGGCUACAGCGGACCCACCUGUGACACAGAGCUCGGCUGCCGGGGGGAGAUGCUGCGGGAGACGCUGAAGCGCCACCAGGCCAUGAGGACGUGCACCUCCACCGGCCGCAUCCCCCGCAUGAACUGCCCCCGCUCCUGCCAGGCGGCGGCGCCCCCCGGCGUCUGCUGCGGCGUCACCAAGACCAGGCGGCGGAAGGUGGUGUUCCGCUGCACCGACGGCACCUCGUACUCGGAGGAGAUGGAGACGGCUGUGGAGUGCGGCUGCUCCGCAUGCCCGCUGUGACGGCCCCCCCCCCCCCCCCCCCCCCCCUGCGGCGCCGAGGCGCGCCCGCCAGGCCGUCGCCAUGACAACCUCCCACACCGAGCACUCCGUGACCAACUUCCACUUCCCAGCCGUCGGUGGCCAGAAACGCCGGAACAGAAACGGACAGAGAGAGAAAAUAUAUUGUAAAAUAUACGUGAGAAACAUAGAACUUAUUUUUAUGAUGGAUUUUUUCUAAGACGACAAAAGGACUCAGAAGUUGUUUUUAAUGUUGCUUCUUUAAUGUGUUACAUAGUAUAAAAAUAUUUUCUACCUUGUAAGAAGAAGAAAACCAACUAGAUUAACAUUGCUUAUUGUUUAUGUGAAUCUGUAUAAAUAACCAGAUGAACCUGAUUUAUCUACGGCGCAUUAGCAGGACGCUGCUGUGAGUGUGGAACCUCAUGGAGAACCAGGAGAACGUGCCUUCUUCCUGCACAGAUGCUUUAUCUACUACCUUCUGGUUCUGCACGGCCCGUUGAUUGGGUCCACAGAGGAGAACGUGACAGGAACCGGUAUCUCCUCCUCCUCAGCAGCAGCAGCGUUGCUUAUUAAAGCGCAAACAUCUGACAGAAUAUCAGUAAAAUCCAUUUUAAGAAUUAAAUCAGCUCCGUUCUGCACACAGGAUGAGACAUUUCAGGGGUUUUCUGAGGGUUUCCUGCUGAUGAAGAGUCCAGGUUCUCAGAUCAGACCUAUAGAAAUGGGUUUUAGACGUGUGGGUUCUGUGGGAACACGAGGUUCUGUCCUGCACAGUAUCUGCACCCAGCUGCUACUAGCGAUGACUGUGGAGACUUCACACUGGACCUCCCUCAGCUCCACCCUCAGCUGCAGUCAGGACACUCCUUUGAUAGGUGGUCCUUCCCAAGGCUUGGUUCCUCCUGCAUUUCUUCCUUCCACUCAACUUUCUGAUAAUAUGCUUCAGUACCGAGGCCUCUUCUGUAGCGCUGACCUUCUGAAAUUCAUCACUCUGUGGAUCUUUUUCUGAAUUAAAUUGGUAAAUAAGUCGUUGCUCUGAUGUAUGCAGAUACGGCUGCAGAUCAGAAACGUUCGUUGACCAGGAGAUCCUGCAGACAGCUGCUGAUGUAACCAAGCAGCAGAGUUUAUGUUGCUGUGGUGGUGUAAACCAGGUAGACCUGCAGCUGGGAUCUGAACAGGAAGCACAGCAGCUGCUGCUCUGCAGCCGGCAGGUCGGGGAGCAGAGGAACGGUUCUUCUCUCUGAUGGUGGUUCUGUGAAAAGUGAUGAUGCAGCAGAUCUGCCCUAACGACGGUGAUCGGCGUAACGAUGAAUGUGAAAGUGUUUCUGAUGAAGAAGCUCCUGCCUUCACUGCGUCAGGCAGAUGUUCAGCUUCAGUCAGUAGCAUCUGGACGGGCUCCUCUGUGGAAGCUGGUCCUGACUGAAGGUCACCGCCGCUGUGAGGCCCGGUCCACGGCUCCACCACCCCCCCACUGCAGUGUUUGACCAAAGACCAGGAGCUCCAGCAGUGAUUCAUUUACCUCUAACAGGACAGCAGCGCUGCAUGCUAACCCUUAGCUAGCAGGCAGUAAAGCAGGCGGCCAUGUUGGAACUACUGUAACGUUGUUAUCUGGCUUCAGCGCCUCCCUACACCUCUGCAGCUUUAAUUACCUCCACCCUACGGUUAACCACGCCCCAUCACUCCUUCCUGGGUUAUUCCCCCUGUGGCCACGCUCAUCCUCUCCUGCCUGAUGAUGAAGAUUCAUCUUCAUCAGAGUUAUAGACCUCAGCUACUCGUUAUUGACAGUAACUAAACUGAACUGUAUUCACUCAUUUGUAAAGUCGUAGAAUAAAAAUUAUGAAUAUGUGACUAUAACUGAUGCUUUUGUUGAAUGUUAAAAUUAAACUUUUAUUGAAACCAAA